GCUGUGAUGAGGUAAACUGGACACUCGGUAUACGAGAGGAUUCGAGAGGAGACUUCGGGGGAAAGGAGGAAGACCUGAAUGCCACUGCCCGAUUGGUUACAUCCACGGAUCGAAGCGGAACACCAUCCACCAAAGAAGAAUUCCGUGAAAAGAAUAUUAUAGCGGAUUCAUAAAGCAUGACAUGAUGAGUAUUCAUAUAUCUCAUCGGAUGAUUGGGUUUUCGAACCAGGACAACAGGACCCUGCGGAUUUCAUAAAACGUGCCUUUGCGUCCUUACAGGUCAUCGUGGAGAGCCACUUCACCUGUCCGAGACCGAGUGAUGGAUGUUAUCAUCUACUGUUUAAGCCCUGUGAUAUUCUUCAUCAAAUCAGCUAGCGCUGAUGAAUACUGCCCCGGCAGCACCACCGCCAAAAGGGGCUUCUGGUGCCGGGGAGAGGGUGUUUACUGCUGUGGGACCCAUAGAGGUCUGCGGGAGGACGACCGCUACUGCUGUUGCGACUGCACAAGGAGUUUGAGCUACACCUCCAGGGGGCUCUGCACCUCGCCGAGGAAGACUGACCCUUCUUGCCCAGAAAGUUUGACUGAAACCGUAGCGGGUAUAAUAGGUGGUGUCGUCAUAACGCUUCUAAUUUUAUUCACGCUCACCUACAUCUGCUGUAGGAAGCAUGGUUUUGCUAGGGGAAAGGUGUUAUCAAGGAAAAACUCCCGCGUCAACCCAGCUAGGCCCGCCACGAGAGUUCAGCAAGUUCCCGGGGGCCACGCUGGGGAUGCCGAACAAGACACGAUAUCCCCACCGCCAUAUACUGUCGACCCGCCUCUGAUACAACCACCGCCGUACCGUCCAAGAACACCACGUGACCUACUGACGACAUCACGUGAUAUAUUGUCGCCUCCGCCGCCUUACUCCUGUGGAAUAGACCCAGGAUACCCACCCGUCGAGUGCCCCAUCCCAAACUAUGGUUACGGUUAUUUGGGUCCGUUUCCGCUCACACCGGGCUACCCGGUCUCCGGUACUCAACGACAGGGACCGGUCACCCGGCGCCAAUCGCUGAUUACUUCGGGGGUGAGUGUUACGGACACUUCAAACAUGUCCAGAGGAGAAGUAAUGCAGGUGGCCAACUUGGGCCCCACGGACUACCCGCCAAUGGAGGAAUAUUUACGGAACGAUCGAGUAGCGGGGACACGGGGACAUUCUAUGGAUUUAAGGUCCAGAGAUUCCCAGGAGAACACGAUUACAAAGUAUUGAUUGAACUAGUUUUGUGUAAGGAAUUAUCGCUCUUGCGGGUUUGUUAGAGACGGAAGGGUCGAGUUGAAAUGUAUUGGCCGACCUUAAACUGAGGCGCUUUUCCCGAAGGCUUGGGCGGAAUAUUACC